UGGAGAUCACUGAUCACAGACUGCAGCAGACACGUGAAGGAGACACCAGCUGUAACUGUCGCUCUGCCUUUACCAGCCAAGUGUUUUUGCAUUGCUCGAGUUACACUUAAAAAAAAAAAAGUAAGUGAAUUUAAAGGACGUUUAUGAUGAUCAUCUGAAGCUGUAAACGCGACUUUUAAGGAAGAAAUCGACUCGUUUUGACUUUUGUUUUUGAGGGUGUUUCACCCAAAAGCGAUUAAAGCACUACCUCGCGAAUAAUCCCGCGCGCUGUCGGUUAAUCGGGUUCAUCCUAAUUUCGUCCCUGGCACCAUGCUGUCCAGUGUGCGCCGGCACAGCCUCCGCCUGCAGACGGAGCUCCACCGGUGGAGCAUCUGCGACCCGGGCGACAGCCUCCUGGCCCGGGUCCCCGCAUGCAUCUCCCGCUCCAAGUCCUGCACCAGCUCCGCCGGGGAGUCGGACGGGAGCCGCGGGAGCUGGUCGUCCUCGGACUCCGUCAUCUCCACCGACUCCGCCGGGGAGCCGGUGGGACCCGGGGGCCCGUACCGGGUGGUGCUGUUAGGGGCCAGCGGGGUGGGCAAAACGGCCUUCAGCAGCAUCUUCGCCGGGGCAGCGGACAGCAUGGACAGCGGUGACUGCGAGCUGUGUGGAGAUGAAGUGUGUGAAAAGGAAAUUAAAGUGGAUGGAGAGCCUGCAACUAUCACUCUGCUGGACACAUGGGAUGCAGAGACUGACCACGAGUGGGCUCAGGAGCACUGCAUGCAGACAGGCGAUGCCUACCUGUUGCUGUACUCUGUGACGGACCGCGCCUCAUUCCUGCGAGCCUCCGAGCUCCGGAUAACCCUGCGGCGGUUUCGUCCCGCGCAGCACACGCCGAUCAUCCUGGUGGGGAACAAAUGUGACCUGGUGCGACGCAGAGAGGUGUCAGUCAGCGAGGGUUGCGCCUGCGCUGCUGUGUUUGACUGCAAGUUUAUAGAAACCUCAGCCGCCAUGCAGCACAACGUCUGGGAAGCUUUUCACGGGAUGGUGCGACAGCUGCGUCUACGCCGAGACUCCGAGGAAGCCAACAGGCGUCGCAGGCACACACACCGUCACGCACGCCGCGAGAGCCUUCCUAUGAAGGCCAAACGCUUCCUGGACAAGGUGGUGGCAAAGAACAAUCCCAGUGUGGCGUUCUGGCUGAAAUCGAAGUCCUGUCAUGAUCUUUCUGUGCUGUAGAAACAUGACAACAACUUGUUUUUAACUGUACGCCACACCUUUGAGCCUGGAGAUCAGAAUUUGUGGACGCCUGCUUCUGAGGGGCUAACAGUCGGAUGGCUCAGUCCUCAGUGUGUUCACACUGAGCCAGCCUGGUGUACGUGAGAGGUGUUUGCAACCUUCCUGCACUGCCAUCCACACGUUGCAGUCUAAACCAGACUAAGUGGACUGAGCUCAGCCUCUGUGAAGGACGAGACAAUCGGCUGAUGAAGUGACGUUUCCUGUUGCAAAGACUCGUCGUGUCUGUGUGGCAUAAACUUCGGAGGUUAGAAAUCUACUGAUGGAAACGGGAGAGAAGGAUGUUAUGUUUUGUGUUUUUGAACAGAUACAUUAAUAUUAGUCUCUCUUUCCUCAUCAUUUUGCUCUCAUUCCUGCCUAAUUUGUCAUCUGUUGAUGAUUACCAGUUAUAAGCUAUUGGUGAUUUAGUAUGAUGAACAUUUCUGACUUGUCUUUACUUUUGAUUUGUGAUGUGUAGUAUGUUGCACUGACUGUAAAUAUAUUAAAGACGAUGCAUUGUAUUUUGUUACUUGUGUGUUUCAAUGUUGCUCUUUGAAAUAAAGUGACGUCAUCCAAUUUGAGAGAAAAAACACACGUCUCUUUUGUCUGUCAUCUCAACCCCGCUGAUGAGAUAUUACCAUGGGGUGACUCAGCUUUGACACAAAAGAGACACACUUAUGAAACCUCAACACAACUGUGAUGAGUCAGGUGACAUUAAAGCUGAACUUUCAGAAACUAAUUUUAGUUCCGUGUAGGUGGACGUCAGCUGAUUGAGUACAGUGAUUUGACCGCUUGGGGGGCCGACCAGAGAUUUGGGUAACGGCGUGACACCGAACAUCAUGCUCAGACACGGCCCGUCCUGAUCCCAAACUCAGUUUUGUAGUAAAAGUGGUAAAAUAUGUUGCCACGGUAACAUUCACAGGAGCACCCGGGAAGUGUGUUUUGUAUGUUCAGUCGGGCAGAUG